AACCACAAAUCAAUCGAUGUCGAAUUCGCUCGCACAAGAAGCUUCUCCUUCUAGCAAAGUAAGCACCUUCAACCUUAAACUGGGCCAGACGGAUGGGCCACUUGCAGUGCUUCUGUUCCUGUCAGUUCAGCACUCUUUUCUGGAGCCCGCGCUCCGUCCGUGAUCUUGCGAGAAAAUUGCAUAGGUUGGGUCUCGACAGCACACGAUUUCUUCUCGAUGCAACAGGUUUACUUCCAUGCAAUAGUGUAAUCAAGCAUGAAAGGCCCCACAACUUGAUCACCAAGAUCGACUUCGUCUUCGGGAUCCCCAAAGGUUUCCGAAACCCUCGUAAUUUACGGCAGGUUCUCAUGGACGGCGACAUUUCAUUUCCUCUUGAUCAGCGAUUUGAACUUGCGAAACAACUUGCGAGGGCGGUCAUGUAUCUACACAUCGCCAAAUUUGUCCACCGCCGAGGUGGGUAUGGAAACCAUCCGACGACGAGUACUCGUGUCGAGAGUGAGGCCCCUACUAGUCGUGAGCGACUAGAGGUCAGUGAAAUCAUGGCCUACUUCGUCGAGAGGACCCCUCUGGUACGGGUGGAGAUUUUUCACGCUGAGCUUACGAGUACAGGUCCGCGAUCUGGAGGUAUUGCAAGGCAGCUUGCCCGUCACUUGUUAAGGGGUAGUGCUGGGCAUUUGUUAAGGGAUGGACUCGGGUACUUACGCGGGGGUAAAAUAUGAGGGGAGAACACCCUUCCCACAUCGAUCAUACCAGAAUGGAUUGCGGUGUGAGAAUCGUACUCGAGUGAAAUCUCUUUUCCGAGGUUGGGUUCAAUGGCAAGCGUUCAUACUCGAUGGUGGGAUAGAGAAACGUCUUCCAGUGGAAAUCUAUUUUUUCUAUGCUUUGGCUCAAGAGCAUGGCUGCCUCCUUG